CACUGAUAUGUUAAGUUUGAUUUACUAGGAGACACUGUGAGCAGACACACUGAUGCGGAUUGCACCAGCUCACACAUUUACAUAUUACUUUGACAUGCUGUACACGUCUAUUUGACUAAGGAGAGAGAAGACUAACAUUGAUAUUGACACAAUUAGAACAAAUAAGUACACAUGGUUCCCCUUUAUCUUCUCAUCCUUGUCUUUGUCCAUGGACCACCAGGUUGCAACAGCCUGUGGACGGUGACAAAAAGUUCUGCAAAGAGUGGUGGAGCCAUCACGAUCCCCUGCCACUACCACCGCAUGUUCAGAGACCAUGUCAAAUAUUGGUGUAAGGGCAGAACCUGGGCCUUAUGUAGAGUGAUGGCAAGCACCGACCCAAGGCGGAGCAUAGGAGACAUGUCAAUCACAGACAUCCCAGAGGAGCUGGUCUUCACUGUGACCAUGAAGAACCUACAGGAGACUGACACCAACAGGUACUGGUGUGCUCUGAAAGUGGGUGCGAUAGGCAAGCCGGAUGUCAAAGUUUCCGUGGACCUCACAGUCACCCAAGGCUCUCCUGAUCUGUCAGUGGUUGAUGAGCUGGUAUCUGUUGAGGAGGGGGGCAGUGUCAGUGUACAGUGUCUCUACAGUGACACACUCAGAGGCAAAGAGAAGAAGUGGUGCAGGAGUGGGGACCGGCAUUCCUGUCAGACACAGACAGAUACUAGCCAGAAUGCAUCUGUUGUGAUCAGUGAUGGCAAGAGGGGAGUGUUCAAUGUGACAUUGAAAGAACUAGAGAAGAAAGAUGCAGGCUGGUAUUGGUGCUCUGUUGGAGACCUACAGGCUGCAGUUCAUAUCAAUGUCACUCAGAGAUCCACAGCACACAGGAACACUGCAGCAGUGACUACUCCAACGCUGCCCAUGUUACACUCCGCAUUCUCGACAUUCACAGACUCCACAGCUACCUCUGCCUCAAAGACAAACCCUUCCGCCACAGUAGACUCUGCUCUGACAACAUCCUCAUAUGGCUCUGCAACUCCAUAUCCAUCCGUCUCAGUUCCAUACAUCACAAUCCAUUCUUCCACACUGACUUCUUCACUAACAACAGCACAACCUACAUGCUGUCCUUCUACCGAAUCUACAUCUUCUAACAAUAAAAUCAGAAACCUGCCCUGGCAUGCUCCUAUUCUCAUUGUGUUGGCCAUGGUGUUGAUGGUUAUUGUUGUUAUGGCUGCAGUUAACAUCUAUAGAUCUUCCAGGAAUAAUAUCAGACUUGUGGAAGGAGAGAUGACUGAGCUGGUGAUAAAUCAAGAUCAAUGAUAUCACUUUUAAGAGCCUAAAAAUACAUUUGGAUCAUAAAAAUUACUGUAAGUUUGCUUUAAUAUCAACCAAAAUAAUCACAUGUACAGUACAUGUAUUGUAGUAAUAACAUACAAUUAGAUAGAGAACAGAGAAAAAAUGCAUGAAACAUUAAACAAUUUCAAUAGAUUAUUCCGUUGUGGCUGCAAACCAUUCAAAUGAAUUGUCAUCAUAAGAGCACACAUACACACAAAUAGAUAUCAUGUGUAAUUAGCUAACGUUACAAAACAAAUCAAUAACUGAAUUAAAAGUUCAGGAAAAAGCAAUGUGACUACACAUUAUUGUACAAUAGCAUUCAUCUUUAUGUAAGGUUUGUAUCUUUAUAACAGAACUGAAAGAGCUAUAAACAUUUGAAGAUGUCUUUCAAAAACCUGACAUACUGGAGACUGAGAUGAUCGAAUGGAUCCUAAGACAGACUGCAUCCCUAGGUCAGGGGGAUUAAAAGUGUGUUCAAUUUCACUUCAAUAAAUCAAUAAGUAUAAUCUAAUCAUACAUGGUCAUUUUUCAUAAGAUAUUUGGACUCAACGAUUUAAGUGAUAAAAAUACAUAGCACUUACUUUGGUAGUCUCUCAUCACCAGAGCUGCUAGGAUGUUGCAUGCCAAAAAAUACCAGGCCAACAGCACCUUUCAGCAGAAUAUCCAGAUAUCUCUCCCAGUCCCAACUAGAAAACCCCCAAAAAAUAAAUCUAAAUGAGCUUAUCUGUUACAGUAUAUCUACACUAAUGAAUAAAAAAAGCAAUCGUUUCACCUCCACCUUGAGUCAUCAUCCUCCGUUGCUUUCAGAGUCAAGACCAAAGGGAAAGUAAUCAGAUUCAUGGUUGGAGGAGAUGUUGCUGUGAGGGGAAGGACAUUUGAAUCAUUGAUUUGUGUAGCAAGCAUCACAUGCAGAGCACUUGUAAAUGAAAUAUAAACAAGUAUUAUUAUUAUUAUUGUUGUUAUUAUAAUUAUUAUUAUUCUCUUGUUUCAAUAAAUGUCUCUUGAAAAUGAAAGAUGUACAAGGUACAAUGUUCUUUUGUCU